CGAAGGAAAAGAAUUGAAAGAAGGAAAAGUGUGAACCUGGAUUACUUCAUUAGUUCAUUCCAUGAGUUCACAUUCAAUGUACACAAUUAUAAUAGAAUUUUAAAAGAAAUUAUUGUAUCAGGUAUAAAAUAACAGACUUAAAUUAUCACUGAAAGAAAACACACCCAAAUCUCUGCAUGUGAAAUCAGGUGAUUAUUUCAUCUGGCUUUUCUGUAACCACAUCAGCAGGUCUGAGCCUCUGAGCCACUCUACAACGCUGUCUGACGACUUACUGUGAUUCUGUAACCUUUUAACCUUCUUCUGUUUUUGCUCCAGUGCAAAACUAAAGAUGCAAAAUCUGACUGAAAAAAAAAAGCCGUGGCUGAUGGACUUCAUCCUUUUUAAGAGGAACACUGCAUACAUUUCAUUUUAGCUGAACUAUGUGUUAAACCUUAAAACUCUGUCCAAACCAAUCAGGGUGUAAAGACACAUCUGCCAUUCACUCUGAAACCCUGGCACCUGGAUCUGCAGCCUCAUGCCAAGUGAGAGCUCUGCAGCCUCAGUGAGAUUCAAACGCAUAACAAGUCCAAUAAAGUGCACAAUCUGGCAACCCCCUGAGAGGCUCGUGUUUAAAAUAAAAAAAUAAAUAAAUAAAGGUUAAAUGACAGAAGGCGUGUUGAGGUGAAAGUGGUGGUGAAUUUAGUGUGUAGUCACGUGAUUUAUUCAAAGGCUAAUAUUGUGAUUGAUGGGUUAGUUAGUGCCAAGAGAGAGAGAGAGAGAGAGAGAGAGAGCUAAAGUGACUUUGGAUCAGUAGCAACCUGUUGUUGUAGCUCGUGGUUCUCUUUAAGGUUCUCCUGCACCAGUUGAAAGUUUCCUGUGUAAUCCGUGUGUCCCCCCUCUCCACCCCCGCCCCCUCCCUGCCCGGUGUGGAAGACAGACCGGGCGCGGAGGAGAGACGACGCAUGAUGUCGGUUUGGUGAUGUGGCCGCUUUUCAGGGGCGCGCACCGGGGACCGUGUAUCCGCCUUUCGCCGCGGAGGACCGGAGCAGGAGCAGGAGCAGGAGGAGCAGCAGGAGCAGCAGCAGGAGGAGGAGAGAGCCGCGGACGGACGGGCUGAUCGGGAAACGGAACCCUUCACCCGGAGAUCUUCCACAAAAGAGUUUUUUUUUUUUUUUUUUUUUUCAGGCAGCAGAGGGAAUAAGCGCGCUUCACCGUCAUUUCUCUUGGUCUUUCCUGGAUUUUUGUCUCUGCGCGCUCGCGUGACGCCGCUUUUCGGGCUCGAUGAACAGGUCGAAAACUUUGAGGAAACAUGUCUGAAGAUGCUCGUUCCGUUUUCUUCGCUCGCGUUUGCUGUGUUUGGUGUCAAGAAACGAGGGAAAACCAAAAGCACGAGGAAGUGCGUGAUCAUCGGUGACAUGAGCGGCGGUCGGAUCCGCGCGGCUGGUUGAUGGCACUGCGCGCCGGCGCGACCUGCAUCGGCCACGUCUUGCGCAGAGUGCCGCGCUUGCACGGCUCGCGUUCGCGGCGCUCCAGCAGCCUGCUGUGCCUCUCCCUGAGCCACGACCGGGACCCGGGGACGCUCGACUGCAAGCGCCCGUGCCCAAGCUUUCCCGACUACCACUGUCGCCACUGCCCGUGCAGCUGCCGCCGCGCACUCCCGGCGGAUCCGCGGGGACAUGAGCCCCACGCGGGCUGGUUCCGGGGCGCCAUGAAGCGGCAGAACGUGCGGACCCUGUCCCUGAUCGUCUGCACGUUCACCUACCUGCUGGUCGGCGCCGCCGUGUUCGACGCGCUCGAGUCGGACUUCGAGAUGCGCGAGAAGGAGCAGCUGCAGGCCGAGGAGAAGCGGCUGCAGGGCAAGUACAACAUCAGCGAGGACGACUACCGGAAACUCGAGACCAUCAUCAUGGAGGCCGAGCCGCACCGGGCCGGCGUGCAGUGGAAAUUCGCCGGAUCUUUUUACUUCGCCAUCACCGUCAUCACCACCAUCGGUUAUGGCCAUGCAGCUCCGGGUACGGAUGCGGGGAAGGCGUUCUGCAUGUUCUACGCGGUUCUGGGAAUCCCUCUGACGCUAGUGAUGUUCCAGAGCCUGGGUGAGCGCAUGAACACGUUCGUCAAGUACCUGCUGAAGCGCAUCAAGAAGUGCUGUGGGAUGCGCAUCACAGAUGUGUCCAUGGAGAACAUGGUGACGGUCGGGUUCUUCUCAUGCAUGGGAACGCUGUGCAUCGGCGCCGCCGCUUUCUCGCACUACGAGGACUGGAGCUUCUUCCAGUCCUACUACUACUGCUUCAUCACACUCACCACCAUCGGAUUUGGCGAUUUUGUGGCGCUGCAGAAGAACCGUGCUCUGCAGAGAAAGCCUCUGUAUGUGGCCUUCAGCUUUAUGUACAUCCUGGUGGGGCUGACCGUCAUCGGAGCCUUCCUCAACCUGGUGGUGCUGCGUUUCCUCACCAUGAACAGCGAGGACGAGCGGCGAGACGCUGAGGAACGGGCCUCGUUGGCAGGAAACAGGAGCAGCGUCAUUGUCCACGUCCAGGAAGACGCCAUGCCCGGUCGGAUGCACAGAAGGAGGCGAGAUCGGGAUCAGUACAGAUCAGAAGUUGCUGAUCUGCAGUCAGUCUGCUCCUGCAUGCAUUAUCACUCGCAUGAUUUCGGCAGCUCGGCCAUGCUGGCGGGAGAAGGAGGAGGAAGAGGGGGGAUGGGGUUGGGAGGAAGGCCAUUUGCGCACCAGAACUCCUUCACAUGCCAGCCGAGAUACUUCCACUCGCCGGUGACGUACCACAUCGAGGAGAUUUCACCGAGCGCGCUGAAGAACAGCUUCCUGCCCUCCCCUAUCAGCUCCGUUUCCCCCGGCUUGCACAGCUUCACGGACAAUUCGCGCCUGAUGAGGCGACGCAAGUCCGUCUGAACAGGAAACCUCCCCAGGGCAACGGGCCACGCCCACACAUUCUUCCUGAUUUUCAAUAACCAGGGUAUUUAUUCAGAAAACACACAAUAAAGCUGCUCCUUAACCAAAAUCUCAUUUUUUUUCCACUCUUCUAAGUUGUUGUUCGGUUCUCAUGACGAGAUGUGUGCCCCGGGAUAAUAUAUUAUUCUAAUAUACAGGGAGCAUAAGUAGGGGAUGAAAUCCGAUAAAACUCAAUGAGUCUCUUAAUAAAGGAUGAAAAGCAUGAAGCAUGGAAUUUUUUUUCCUCAGAAACUCGUUUAUCUGUACACUCUACAUUAGCGGGCUGCUGUUUGCCCUUUUUUUUUUGAGCAACUCCAAGAAACCAGGCUUGAAUUUUACAGCCUGACCUUCUUAUCACACCAGACGAUGCACACUCGAGCUUCAGCUACAAUACAGAGGGAAAGAUUAUUUUUUACAGGGAGAGAAAAAAUUAUUAUGUUUUAUCUCUAGAGAUGUCUUCACGUUGAGGGGAAUCUCAAGUGCCACACCACUGAAUGAGAAAAAAAAAAAGUUCGGACUAUCUGGACUUACUUUUCAGGACGAUUUUCUUUUUCUAUUAUAUUUAGAAAGAUAUGAAAAUGAGACACUGAUUUAUUUAAAGAAAUGCCAUGCCAAAAUAUUACUGUCAACCCUAGCAUGUGCAUUAGUUGUCAUUUGAUGUGUGUUACACCAUUCUUUGUUUGUUUUUUUUUUGUUCUUUUUUGUUUUUCUUAUUUAAAUGCCAUUUCCUAGAGGGAGGUUUUGUAAAAUUGUAUGUGUAUGUAGUUUUCCGGCUGUGUAAUAUACAGAAGUGAUUUGGAAAAGGAGGGAAAGGAGAGAGAAGUCUUCAGGUUUUGCCUGAUCAAUAAAAAGUUAAUAAUUUGCAUGUGCUUUGUUAAAACUGGUAUGCAUAAACUGUCAAAAGGGAAAAAAAUAAUAACAAUAGCAGCCUUGCCAAUGGUUUGAAAAGCAAAUAAUCCUUUAAGUUUAUUUUCUAAAAAAUAAAAUUGUUAUUUUUGUUCCUCUCAAAGAUGCUCCUGCUCCUAUUAUCAUCUCGUAUCACUCCAAUGAACUUUAUGUAAAGGAUAUCUGGAUGCACACUAGCAUUGUAUUCUUAAUAACAUAUUAAUAAUAUAUUUAGAAAGAAACACAUGUACAUAUACAGGGGUGGACAAAUCAGUAGCCCCAGCACCCUGGACAAACCUGUUCGUCUGCUGGCUACUCGUUUUUUUUGGGGUUUUUUUUUUUUUUGCUCUACAAACAGAUUUAAAAACCUGAAAAUUGAUUUCCACAAAAGAAACAUUUUAAUUAGAUGUGUGUGUUUAAACCUAACGCACUUAACAGUAAUGCUAUAGGUAUACACAUGCUACACAUUCCCAAUCCCACCACCUGCUGCACUACACACAUCAGCCGAGACUUACAAUCAAUUACAGUUAACAAUAAUAAUAAUAAUAAUAACAAUAAUAAUAAUAAUAAUAAUAAGAAUAAUGAUAAUACAUUUUAUUUAUACUGCAUAUUCAUUCAAAAGUGCUACAAAGUAAAGUAAGAGAUGACAAAUUAUAAAACCAAGGCAAAACAUUUGGAAGGCACAAAAUACAAAAUUCGUACUCAGACACUGAAACAUGCAUAUUAAACGCAUAUUCAUUAAUAGGCCAUAAACUAUAAAGAGAAACACAAAAGCCUGUUGCAUACUCUACAAAAGUACGCAAACGCAAAAGUGUGUGAGUCUGGCAUGAAUCUUUUGCGUACAUACCUUACACAUGGUCUGUCAUAAUCAGCUAAUCCACAAGGGGGCAGCAGAACAAGGAGGACGCUCAAGGCGUUCACACCGCUUCUUCCAGCAAAUUUUGCACGUUUCCGUGUCACUCUCGAGACUUCUGCCGAUGUCUCUCCGUGCGUCGCGAACGCGAUUCCUAUCAGUGGAAGUGAAGUGUCGUACAAGUGUCUGCACCUCAACACCAGUUCUGUCACAUGGUCUUCGUCAAACCUCUCCACCUCUCCACUGCAUUGACUUUGCGUAUUUCCGGAAAGGCGUACACCUGAGAUCGUGAUGUGCGAUCUUAUGGGUAAUGUUGAUAUAUAGCGCCUCUAUCUGCAAUGCGUCGUUUUAAAAAUUUUGCACGCCCACAAAUUCUACGCGAAUAGGACAGGAACCUCUGUUGUGGAGACAUCUGUUAUCAGGCAUUUUAAAAAAGAAACAGUUUUAAAUUUCUCUUAAAAAUAUGCAAAGUGUGUGCUGGCCUCAGGUGAUCUGGGAGUCUGUUCCCCAGGCGAGGUGCUGCUGAACAGAAGCCCGAUCUCACAUUGGUGUAAAGUCUGCUGCUUGGCAUAUGAAGGAGAAGGGUAUUGUUGGAUGGUAGGUUGUGGGUGGAGGUCAUGGGGGUAAGCAGCUCUCUGAGAUAGAGUGGGGCAUUUCCCCAGAGUAGGGUCAAGACGAGAAUAGUUUAUAUCGCAUCCUAUAGGAAAUGGGUCAGCAGUGUAGAUUAGGAGUGCAGCGAUUGGGAGUGGUGUGGUCAUGUGUUCAGGGAUUUGCAGGGAUCCUGAUGAAGAAUGUGUUGCAAUAAACGAACCUUGAGGAGAAACACGUGGACAGGUUUCUCUGCAUCAGACCAGAUUAAGAUGGGAUAGAGUUUGGAGAUGUUCUUCAGGUGGAAGUAAGAUGAUUUACAACUGUAUAACAGUUUUUACUAGAAAAAAUCCAGCGCAAGUCUAUUCAUUCACCUAGCGGUUAAACAUAUUGAGAGGAAAUAAAUACUCUAGCCAUAAUUUCUCUUAUGUGUGAUAGGAGGAGAGAACUCUACAGCAUAUAUCCAAAACGUUUAUUGACAACUCGCUGACGGUUUUUGAGAGUGGACACGUGAUCAUAAACUCCUUUAAUCUGGAUUAAUCCACUUUACUAGCUAACUAGUGUGCUGUACAUUUUUAAAUUAUGUUAGUUUUCACUCUUUGGCCACAUCAAUUAGGUUUCUGGGCAACCAAAACACUGGUCAGACUGAAGAUUUUACUGUGGGUUAGAUAAUAAAUUUAUGAUUCGUCCACCUCUGAUACACACACACACACACACACCUAUCUAUGGAUAUGUAAGGAUUUGUUCUAAAAUGAAUUCUAAUGAGAAUUAAAAUGAGAUGCCACUUUACAGUUUUAAGAGCAGUGCACAUGUCAGGAAGACAAUAUAAUCUCACGUCUACUGUAGCGAACACAACUGUCAGAAAAUAUGCAUUAACUGCAUUUACAUUCACAUUUACUCAUCUGCCACAUGCAUUUAUCCAAAAAGUGAGGCAUAGAUAGCUUUUAGAGAACCAUAGAUAGCACUUUGAAAUUAAUACGUAAUAAUACACAUACAAAGAAGUCUUCACUUAGCUAAAAAUGACUUCAUCUCUGCUUUGGGAUUGAAAUAUUGGAAGUUUGGUCAGCUAGCAGUUCAUCUGCUUCUAAAUUAUACAUUAUAUAUGAUACUUAUAGAGAAAUACGGUACUGUCGAAUUACAACAAGCCAAAAUGAUCCAUUUAUCAUCUAACACUUGAUUUGAAGUUAAUGUUAGCAUUGCUCAUGUAGCUAGACAACAAACCGUAACGUGUCAGUAGCAAUUGAUCAGAAUAGAGUACAGGAUGAUUGGGUUAGCAAGCAAAGUUCCACCAGAAACAGCUAAUUAAUCUGAAAAUCGGUUAAAUCUCAAGUAUCCACGUAUUCACACCAAUCUAAAGUGAGUUAGCGUGCAAUAUUAUCUACUCAAAAUCCAUCAUAAAUCCAUGCAGCUAUCUGAAGCUGGUUUUGUAGCUAAUAUAAGCUAGAUCACUAAUGUCAGUGCUUCCUGGUGAUAGAAAAGCAAUAUUCAGGAGGAAAAGGUUGAUGAGAAAUGAAAAGUUCAGCAGCAAACAGCUAGCGAAUGCUUUUACAUCAGCUCAAGAGCACGUGUUAUUCUGUUAAACCAUCCAGGUUCACUGAUGACGGCUAAAAUUAUAAUAUAAUAAGACUUAACACAACAACAAAACAAAACCAAGCGAGUUGUUGGCUUUCAGAAUUUCAGAGUUCUGAGUGUAAAAUGAGAACCAGAGUGAACGUGGAAGAAAUUUUCAAUGCUCAAUGAUAUUUACUAUCUACAAAAAUACAGUUAGAUUUUUAUGUUAA